AGCUCGGCGGUCGAUUAGCCGGCCUCUGGGGAGCGGCAGCGGCGAGCCGGUGAGGGGAGCCCGGGGCCAGCGCCCUCCCGCCCGGUGUCCUUCGGGGCUGGGGACCCUCGACGCCCCGUAGGCCCCGACUGUGUCCCCAGGGCACCCUGCGGCUCCCGCUGCCCGGGGGCUCGGAGGCCGCAGGCCCGGCGCAGAGCCCCGAGGCCUGGCAGACACAGCUGCUCCCUCCAUAAGCUGCCCUGUCGCUGGGUCGUGGCCUGUGCAGAAGCACAUAAAAGAUUGAAAUAAAUCCUCUGCUGUGGCGGAGGGGAUGGAGUGUGCCAGCUGGACUUAGGCUGGAGAAAAGGAGGCUGAGGGGAGACCUUCUCGCUCUCUACAGCUGCCUGGAAGGAGGGUGUAGCCAGGGCUCAGGAUGGACUUUCUGACACUCUUCUUGAUUUACUUGUGUUUUGUGCUCACUACUAUUGCUCUGCUCUGCAUCUGCUCAGGAAGAAAGGAGGGUUUCCUCGCAAGAAGUGCCAAUGGUGCAAGCCAGGUAUUGUCAUUUAUAAUCCCCACGCAGCUCCAGAGAGUGACACAGAGGGCACUUCACAGGCUCUUCCACACAAGAAGCUGUUUGUUUGUUGUCCUGCACAUAGCCUUGCAGGCUGCAGUGUAUGGGGAAUACACAUGGGAAGUGUUUGUUUACUGCUGGGAGCUGCAGUUCCACCUCCUCUUCCUGCUGCUGCCCUACCUGCUGCUGGCUGGGAACAUGGGCUGCUUCAUUCUCUGCUCCCGGGCCAAUCCUGGUGUAAUAACAAAAUCAAAUCAUGCAUCAUUGGUUAAGAUUUACGAAUAUGAUGGUGUGUUAUUUCAGAAAGGCAUCGUGUGUCCUACGUGCAACAUGGAGAAGCCAGCCAGAUCAAAACACUGCCGUUUCUGCAAUACAUGUGUACAUCGUUUUGAUCACCACUGCGUGUGGGUCAACAACUGCAUCGGUGCCUUCAAUGCAAAGUAUUUCUUCCUCUACCUCUUCACGCUGACUGCUAUGGCUGCCACCAUUGCCAUCAUCACAGCAGCAUUUCUCAUCCAAGUGGUGCUGCUGUCCAACAUGAUGCAUGGGAGUUACGUUGACGACCAAGGACAAGAGCAUGCUGUCGAGAUUCUCUUCCUUAUUCAGCACCUUUUCUUGACUUUUCCUAGGAUUGUCUUCAUGCUUGGUUUUGUUAUUCUUCUCACACUCGUACUGGGUGCUUACUGCUGCUUCAGUCUGUACUUGGCCUUAACCAACCAAACUUCCAAUGAAUGGUGUAAAUCCAGACGAUAUGGGUGUUCCCACCAUCUAACAUUGCAGCCUCAUGACAGACAAGUUGUCUACAAAAACAUUUAUUCUAGAGGAGUCUGGAUGAAUUUAAAGGAAAUCUUUAAGCCCCCUUCAGUGUUGGAAAGAAAGAAGAAAACCUGAAGAUAUUACUCUCUAUCUAUGCAUUUUUUUUUAACUUUUUGUAAGACUUUACUUCAAGACUCUGCUUUGAUGCCCCAAACAACUUUUGUAAAAAGAUGACUGCAUUUCAAUUAAGUAAUUGGAAACUAUGUUUUCAUAAAGCCAACCAGUCUUCAAAAAACUAGAGUUCUCCCGAGUUUAUCUGUAACACUACUCGUACCAGUUGCGACAGUGGCCUGUCGGUCUUUUCAGACACAAUCGCAGUAUUAAAGCAAGCUGUACUAGAGAUAGGUCCAGCUAAGGAACACAUACACAAGGAACAAAGGAACACUUUU